AUGGUGAGCUCAAAUGGCGAUACAGGCCCCGUCGGUAUCCUGCCUCUAGUUUGGUAUGUAGUUAUUGUUGCUGCGCCACGAGCCCUUACUGCUACGUUGGACGACACGGCCCUGCCUCCACCGCUGUUCCCAUCGAUGGAGAUCUCUUCUCCACUAUCCUCUUCAUGCCGACUCUCUCAUCUAUACUUUUGUGGCUCUCAUGGCACGUGCGAUGUUGGCUUCUCUGCAUCUGGUGAUGAAACAGAUAGCUCUACCACCACCAUUCACCACCGUCGUGUUGUCGGAGCUCACCUUGAACAUCGAAUGUGCCAUCUCCGCAUCUAUGCCCAGUCAACAUCGUCUUUUCUCCUCUACCGAAGUUUCGGAGAAAAGAGACGAAAGCACGGUGAGGGAGAGAGUGAAAUGAAUGGUGGUGCGGCAAUCGAAUCCAAAUCUACGGCUAUUUCCACCCAUGUAACAUUGACAAAUUUGCAAUCGAUUGGUGAAGGCUCAUCGUCUUCGCCAAAUAUUUUGAAAAUAUACGAUGCACAAUUAGCCAAAAAUCAAAGAAGAAUCUCCAUAACUAAUUAA